CACUUCACCAGGGGAAUUCCACCAGAGUUUCAGGAUAAGGUUUUAUUGGAAACAAUAAGAUUUUAUUGCUGAAAAAUGUAACAAUCACUGGUAUAUUUCAGUCUCUCUCCAUAUUACCAAGAAGGGAUGCCUGAUAUGUAUAGGAUUUAUGUACCUUCACUGCAGUGGCACCGUGGUGAUCAGCCCAGUGUAGCCCAGCUCUUUCAUCUAAUAUGGACACCUUUUAUUUUCACAGGUAUAUGCAAUGGUGUCUGUAUGAACAAGUCUCACUGCAGUCAGCCUUGUCCUCCAGACACUCAGGGAAACAUGGGGUUUUUAUGCAGGAAAAACAAAUGGCACAAGAUCACUGAUACCUGCCGGACUCUUAAUGCCUCCAAUAUUUUUGAGGGGAAUUCACAUUCAGACCUAUCACUUGGAGGAAGCAUAAAGCUAACAGACUAUUCUGCAACACCUACCACCAUAGCAGCUAUGUUGAUGCAAAAGUGUCCGAGGGAUUUGUCUUGUGUAAUUAGAAACAUUCAGCAGUCUCCCCGGAUACCAGGGAACAUUGCUGUGAUUGUGCAGCUCUUACACAACAUAUCAACAGCGCUGUCGACAGAUGUUGAUGAAGUAAAGAUGAAGAGUUACAGCAGCAUGGCCAACCACAUUCUUAACAGCAAAAGCAUCUUGAACUGGACCUUCAUUCCUGAAAGAAACAGCAGCUGUGUCCUGCUACACUCAGUCAAUUCUUUUGCAAGAAAGCUAUUAAUAAAUAAACAUCUCAUUGACAUAUCAGAUGUCUUCAUUCAUACCAUGGGCACAAACACAUCUGGAGACACUGGAAACAAUUUCACGUUUUCAAUGAGAGUUAAUGACACCAGCAGUGAAAUCACUGGGAGGGUAUUGGUCAGUCGAGAUGAACUCCAGAAGGUGCCUUUCCACUCUCAGAUCAUAGCCAUCGCAUUUCCAACUCUUGGGGCCAUUUUGGAAGCCAGUCUUUUGGAAAAUGUUACUGUGAAUGGGCUUACUCUAUCUGUCAUUUUGCCUAAGGAACUUGAAAAAAUAUCACUUAUUUUUGAAAAGAUCAGCAAGUCAGAAGAGAAGAAGACAUGGUGUGUUGGCUGGCACUCUAUGGAAAGCAGAUGGGACCAGCAGGCCUGUAAAAUGAUUCAAGAAAACUCCCAGCAAGCUGUUUGUGAAUGUAGGCCAAGCAAGUCAUUUACCUCUUUCUCAAUUCUUAUGUCACCCCACAACAUGAAGAGCCCAAUCCUGGUUUAUAUCACAUACAUAGGCUUGGGCAUUUCUGUUUGCAGCUUGAUCCUUUGCUUGUCCAUUGAAGCCUUAGUCUGGAGCCAGGUGACAAAGACAGAGAUCUCAUAUUUACGCCAUGUGUGCAUUGCUAAUGUGGCAGCCACCUUGCUGAUGGCAGAUGUGUGGUUCAUUGGGGCUUCCUUGCUUAGUGGUCCAGUGACGCACCAUAGCGGAUGUGUGGCAGCAACAUUUUUUGUUCAUUUUUUUUACCUUUCUGUGUUUUUCUGGAUGCUUGCCAAAGCACUCCUUAUCCUCUAUGGAAUCCUGGUUGUUUUCCAUACACUGCCCAAGUCAGUCCUGGUUGCAUCUCUCUUUGCAGUGGGCUAUGGGUGCCCUUUGGUCAUUGCUGUUAUCACAGUUGCAGCCACUGAGCCUGGCAAAGGCUACCUACGACCUGAUGCCUGCUGGCUCAACUGGGACAUGACCAAGGCCCUCCUGGCCUUUGUGGUUCCUGCUCUGACCAUCGUGGUAGUAAACCUGAUCACAGUCACGCUAGUUAUCAUCAAGACCCAGCGAGUUGCCAUUGGCAGUUCCAUGUUCCAAGAAGUGAGAGCCAUUGUGAGAAUUAGUAAGAAUAUUGCCAUCCUCACACCACUGCUGGGACUGACCUGGGGAUUUGGAAUAGCCAUGGUCAUUGAUGACAGCUCCCUGGCCUUCCACAUUAUCUUCUCCGUACUCAAUGCAUUCCAGGGCUUCUUCAUCCUGGUGUUUGGAACAAUCCUGGAUCCAAAGAUAAGAGAAGCCUUAAAGUGUCGAGUAACUUCUGCCAAAUGGAUCUCCAGAAUAUCAGAGAACGUUUCUUCUGAAUUUUCUUGUCAUCCUACCAAAGGACCAGGCUAGCAAACCAGGCUGCAACUUUAACUUGGAAGGUCAUACGUUCCAGGAAUGGCAGAGUCUGAAGGAGAAGUAUGUCUACUCCUGUCUUCUGGCUUCUGGGGAGUAUGAAGGAGGCCUCACAUGCUGUGGUGCAAUGGAGGAGAGCGGGAAGUGCACAGAGGAUGGACGGGACCCUGUCCACGCUGUCUUGUGUUACUAAACAUGUCU